CCCUUUAAGCACUGGGCGGAGCUUGAAUAUUGAACUUGUAACUGUUGUCUGCAGUGAUAUCAUAACACUGCAAUAUGAGGACGCGCUCAUAUGACCGCCACCCGUCCCCAUCCCUUGACAAGACACAGGUGUAACUGGGGCUAAAGGUAGGCAUGGGGAAUAAAAGGAGGAGGAAGGAUGCCAGCUGAGCCCCUCAUCCCUCUGCCACCGUCAGACUAAAGAAAGACAGAAAAUGGCUCAGUCCGUGAGGAGGCCGGAGACUCGGGGAGCCAUGGACCACGAGCCCCAGAGGGACAAGACCAGGACCAGUUACUUUGGCAACGUCAAGACCAGGCUGGGUUCCAAGCUUCCUCCUGGCGUCUCUCAGCCUCCACAGUUCGCUAAGCGGCCCUGGGAGACUCAACCUCAGGGCCGAGUGAUGCAUGAGCCUGCAGCCAGCAGCCAGCGUCAGCACCAGCCCACUGUGGGCCGGCCUCUCAACCACACUCCCCACAUCAGAAACCCCAAACUGCGGCAGUACUACCUGCAAGGGACUUCAUGGGACCUUAACAAUACUGCAGUGAAGCAAGAGCAAAUGAGUGGACCAUCAGAUGACAGCACAAGCAAGAGGGGCCUCCCUGGGGACACGGUGUUCAGCGUCUCAUCACUGUUCAACAGUACAGGUCCAUCCUCAGCAGAAGAGGGCAAAAUGGGCGACCGUCCCGCUAUUUGCUCUUCAAAUUCAACCUCCUCGUCUGCUACCCUCAUCACUAGAAAGCAGCUGGUCGUCCCGAAGGGAAAAAACACUUCCACUCAACAAGGAUCGUCUCAACUAGAACUGGACUCAGACUCUGAUCCUAAACCGAAGCGGGAGGCGGAGGCUGAUCUGGACUCUUUGGAAACACUUGCUGCUCAAGCUCAGCCCCCCUCACCAGAGGCAGAAUAUGACAAACUACUGGAUGUGGAGGCGGUGCCGAUGCCGGAUGGACAGCUCUGCCUAUUGGCUCUGCCACCAGAGUGCUGUCAGGGGGAGGGACCAGAGGCCAUGCGGUACCUCAAAUUGUUCUGCCGCCACAUCACAGACCGUAAGGGUGUGGUUUCAGGUAUCCUGUUGGUAACAUCUAAUAAGAUCUUCUUUGACCCGUGUAAGACUCAUGUUCUGGUGAAGGAGCACGGCUGUGAGGAAUAUCUCCUAUCUUGCAAUGUUGACAAUCUGGCAUCUGUAGCCUUCUUCUCUGAUAUCUCACAUGUUCACUUCAACACGUCCCAGCAGAGGAAAAAAGGAAAGAACAUUUUCCAGAAGUUGAAAACCGCCAAAAUCCAAGCAGGCGGCUUCCCAAACCCACAGAGGGAGUCGGUGCCGGCUCUGGUGUCUGUGGCUCCAUCAGAUUUGUCCAGUCUGGCUCUGAGCCUGACCAAAGAGGUUUCUGGGGAGGAAGAGGCAGAGAGCAGAGACAUGGCGGAAGCUGAGGUGGAGCUUGAUAGCAGCCCUCUGGAGGUGCUGCCAGAGGCUGUAGGCGGCCUGGGAGUGGCUGUCCUGAGCAGUGCAGCCACCUUCUGCUGUGGAGGUCAAGAGGUGGCGAGUAAAGUGAAGAAGGAGCUGCUGCUCAGUGAUGAAACAGGGAAGUCCUCUGUGAAGAGUCAGACUGCAGUGCGUCGGAGGUCAUCAGCAGGAAGCCCUGGGAGUCUGAUGUUUGUGCGGCUGCGGGUACAGCCGUCUGCAGGAAAGAAAAAGGGUACCAGAGGCCUUCAGCUGGGGUCGGCCAAAAGAAGGGAUGCCUGGCUUGCACUUUCACAAGAGAGCUCUGAUGAGUUGUACACAUACCUUACACACACUAGACCAGACUUGUGUAUACUUGAGCGAGGGGAGGAAGAGGGGGAGGCGGACCGUGAUGAGGAGGAAUUUGUACUCAUCGAAGACGAGGACGAGGAGGUGUUCCAGAGGCACCGCAGCUCAGGGGACGACUGGGAGAUGGUGUUGAUGGAAGAGAGCAGGGACAAGCCAACCCUGGUCGUUGACAGGGAGCCUGAUGGACUCAAUAAUAUCGUAGAGAGCAGCCACAUUUUAGAAGCUUCACAUGUCAGGGAGCUAUGCAAGGAGCUUCCCCCGAGGACAGUUGGCUACAGCUGGCACCUGGCUUACAGUACGUCCCUUCACGGCGCCAGCCUCAAGUCCCUCUACAGAAAACUCAGCACAACAGACUCCCCUGUGCUAAUUGUCAUCAAGGAUGCACUCGAUGAGAUAUUCGGGGCCUUCCUCUCUGACCCUCUGAGGCUCAGUGAGACGUUCUACGGCACAGGGGAAACUUUCCUUUUCAUGUUGCAUCCUCGCUUCAAGUGCUUCAGAUGGACUGGAGAAAACUCCUUCUUUAUUAAAGGAGACUUGGACUCCUUUGCUAUAGGUGGAGGGAGUGGGCACUUUGGUCUGUGGGUGGAUGAGAAUCUGUACCUGGGUCGCAGCAGCCCCUGCUACACUUUCAACAACUGUUGCCUCUCGGAAACCGACGACUUCCGAGUGAUGGAGCUGGAGGUGUGGACAUUCAGCUGAGGAGACCGACUGAGUUUCUCUUUGAAUCGCCUCGUUCCUGCUGAUCAGCUUUAUCAAGACAUCAUUUAUCACUGAGCAAAAAACAAAUGCAGCCGCUCAUUCAUUCCAUGCAAAAAAGAAAAAAAUCUACCACAAACUUCUGGAUUUAUCCGUGUGAUUAAGUGCAGUGGAUUUUAGUGAACUGAAAUGAACCGGACAAGGCUGAUCUUGAACAGCUCGGUGUCCCAGAGUGGGGGUUACAGGGUUGACUCAUUCCUGUGGUUUUGGCAGUGAAACUGUGAACUGAGUAGAGCUGAACUGGCAUCUUUGAAACCUCGUUUUUGAAUGGAGUAGGUUACAAGUCUACAAGACUGCACUUUGCUGUUAAUGUGAAUCAGUAACUUCAUGAUAUCUCAUCAUUCUAUCACGUGAACAUAAUGGUACGCCUGUCUUUUAAGGUAAUGCAUGUCCCCGCUUUCAUGUAACUGCGUUCAGUUAUUGCUGGAAGUUUUGAAACGCACGUUAGUCUUCUUAUGAGUAGAUUUCUCUAUUGAAAACUAAACUACACACACACAUAGCCCAAAGUCUCAUAAAUACAAGUUCCCGUUAUCGGACACCAAUAGUUUUUUAUCAAUUAGUGUCAUAGACGGCAUAAAUGAAUACUGGAAAUAAUCAUGUGCGAACACUUGGAGCUCCACUGUGAGAAAAGCUUCUCAAUUGAAGAACUUCUGUCCUUGCAAUGGAGUCUCAUUCAUGACUAUUCUGAACUCUUUUCAUUUCAAGUGCUGACUCAUGCACCACUGUGGUUUCUGAACAUGACAGAAAAAGCUUUGAAUUAAUGCAAUUUUGUCUCAAUGCGUCUGUAUCCGUAAAAUGCUCUCACUCGAUCUACUUUGCUUACGUUGUACGGUAUCGUAGAUUAGUUAAUAAAAAAUAAAAAA